AUGGAUUACUUGAUGGAGCAGCUCCUACCUAUGUGCGGGAGGCUGCUCCCGAUCUUCGGGCCCUUGUUCGUGUCGGACACCAUCAGACAUACCCUACUCGUGGCCUACAACUUGGGGGCGGCGUCCUUCUCGAUAAUCUCCGUCAACAUGUCCUCAGCAUUCCUGAACUACAAGGUCGGCAACCUAAGAGCGGCUACCGUGGGGAAUAAGUGGAGCGUCAUGGCCUUCUUUGCGUCAUUGUCCAUCAGCUUGGGCCCGAUGACGACGGUGCACACCUCCGAGGCGCUCCGAUGCUCGGACGUGGUCGAACGUGCCCCACUGGUGUGGUACAGCUUGGCUGGGGCAGUGUCCUCGAUGACGUUCAUCAACAUGUGA